AGUUUAAAAAUAUAAUCAUGACAAAGAACUUGAAUAGACGUGAAUACUCCCAAACUGAUUAUCAUUUUCCUGGUGUUUCGAGGAAAAAAUUACCAGUUGACCUUAGAGAGCCAAUAUAUUAUAUAAAAAUGGCUACUAGCGGUUCUUGGAAAGGUUCAACAAAUAGAAAAAAAUCAGCGAAUCCUCAUCAAAAUGAUGCAGAAAAGCAAAAAUCAACGAAUGUUGUUGAAAAAACGGAUUCUCUACUUAAAAAAACAGCAUGCUCUAUUAAAUAUCGAUAUCCUACAAGUUUUCAAAAAACUGCUCCUAGUUUAUCAUCCAAGGAUAAAUUGCGUGAAGCUGAGAGAGAUCGUCUAAUGCAAAAAUUAUCGAAUUCAACGCCUGAAUGUAUGAAAAGAGGGACAUUCUACUCUGAACAGCCUAGACGACAUAAUUGUACUUAUGGUGUUCUUCCUUAUAAUCAAAAUAAUAAAUCAAUAUCUCAGAGAUUUGGAAGAAGUUCUCUAAGUAUAACAUAUAUCUUAAAUCAUAAAAUUGGUAGUAACCUAUUGAAGGAAAGAUAUAGCAAAUCAACGAAAAAUCAGAACAAUGGUAGUUUAAAUCGUACUGAAAAUAAAGUUACUUUUGAUGAUUCGACGGAUGCUAAAAGAAAUGGUACCUAUAAUUAUUCUUAUGCAUACGACGAAAAUAACGAUAAUUUAAGCUUUGAUGAUACGGAUUCUUAUACUAAAGAUACUAAUAAAAUAGAAAAUCCCCCUUCACUCUCUUACUCAGAUUCAGGUUCCGAAAGAAAGCUAUUGGAGACUUUAGACUCUUCUAGAAAUUCUACUGCAAGACCUGUAUCGAGUAGGCAAACGACGGAUAGAUCGACAAAAAGGAGUUCAGUUCGUAGUAAUUCUAAGAGUGAUGACGAUCUUAGCAUUGCAAAGAGUUACGAAAAAGAACUGUACGCACUUGAUUCGGAAUUUGAAUCGAAUGAUGAAAUCUAA